CAUGCGCACUAGCUAUUUGCUUCAGUUGAGCUCUAGCACGCGUCGAGUGAACACGGCCGAGCGAACUCGCCGAACCAUACGGCAAUUCCUUCACUGUUUACUGGAUUUUUAAAAGACUGACAUACAAUGACGUUGGAAGAAGAAGUGGACCUGAGUGUGAAGUCAAGAAAUAGCAAAGACAAAAUGAUUAAGAUGGAUGCUGCGAUGGCACUGCAGGAGAUGCUCCUAAGUGCGAAAAUGGAGGGCCGUAUCACCUAUGGAGUCUACCCCUCGGUCAGAAAACUGGGCAGUGAGCCGGAUAGAGUGAUGCUCUGUGUCCAUGCCGACGAUAACGCUGAUGAGGACGUGGCCCUUCACAUCCACUUCACGCUCAUGGAGGCGUUCUGUCGUGAGAACGGCAUCCGGCUUCUGAAGGUUGGCUGUCACGAAAGUUUGGCCAAACUUCUCCAUCACGACGACGACGUCAAUCACCAUCCUCAAGUAGAUGCUCUGGACAACGUGCCCGUUGCUCAUGCAGUCCAAAGAGCCGGCACUGAAGACUUUGUCUGCCUUCUUGUGGAUUUCCCCAAGGAGAUUGACGCUGCGGUGAGCUGUUUCCUGGAGCACUACCACACCAUGGCCCAGGAGAUGCCCUUCCCCCGCAUCUCCCUCGUGUCCUGAGGGAAACAUGAUCCCUAAAAACGACAGAGUGUGGUGCAAAGAGCGCCCUCUGUUGAUAAAACUGAUGAAAAAACAAAAACGUACAGUUGAACUAGCUGUACCACUUCGAGAAAAAGUGUGCCGCGUUAAUCGGGGAAAAAUUGCAUGUGACUGUUAAUGUUUCACAAAAACUGCCACUUUGAUCGAGGGAACGUUGACACGUAAUUGGGGAAAUGUUCCCCCAGACGCUAUAGCAGAGGACAAUUUCAAGGUCUGUCGCCGUGGCAACAGGAUACCUCUGCAGAAUGGAACUGAUAUCCAAAGGACAGUUGAACACCGGUUCUUGCAAAUUCCUGGCUGCCAGUUUAAAAGGGAUCAUGAAACUGAGGAAUCCAAACUGCUGGAACUUACGGCUCCACUAUAAUGGAACAUUUCCAUAAAAUUAAGGCACAUGUAAAUCACAUGUUAAACACAUGUUGGUCACAUGUUGGUCACAUGUUGGUCUCAUGUUAUUCACAUGUUGGUCACAUGUUGCCAGAUAUGUAUGAUUAGAGUAGAGAAUCCAAGAUUUUCCUAAGGAAAAGUUGAACUAUUCAGGGGGGGAUAGAGAGAACUUUUGUCAACACAGAUAGAAACCAAAUAUGCCUUAAAAAGCAAUUAACUGGGAUUUGCAAUAUUUUUUUGGCAUUAUUUCAGGAAAGGGCUUGAAAUUAAAGAUUGUUUUCCAGUAAUAAUAAUUAUGUGAACAGUAAAAAGUGGUGAGAGGGGA